AUGCACCGGCUCGCCGUGCUGCUCCUGGCCGCCUCGUGGUUGCUCCUGGCCGGCUUGAGCCGCGGCUACUUCCCAGAGGAGCGCUGGAGCCCCGAGUCUCCGCUGCUGGCUCCGCGGCUGCUCGCGGCGCUGCUCUGCCGCAACUCGGAGCACUCUCUGCCGCAUGUGCUGGGAGCCAUCGACCGCCUCAACUACCCCAAGGACCGCAUGGCCCUGUGGGUGGCCACGGACCACAACGUAGACAACACCACAGCUAUGCUGAGAGAGUGGCUGAUGAACGUGCAGAACCUGUACCACUAUGUGGAGUGGAGGCCACAGGAGGAGCCCAGUGAGUACGAAGACGAGGAUGGUCCGAAGCACUGGAGCAACGAUCGGUAUGAGCAUGUUAUGAAGCUACGGCAGGCGGCCCUGGAGACAGCGCGGGAGAUGUGGGCCGACUACUUCCUGGUGGUGGACUGUGAUAAUCUCCUGACUGAUCCUGAUGUUUUGUGGAAGUUAAUAAAGGAGAAUAAGACCAUCGUGGCUCCGAUGCUGGAGUCCAGAGCUGCGUACUCAAACUUCUGGUGUGGAAUGACCUCUCAGGGCUACUACAAGCGCACUCCAGCCUACAUGCCCAUGAGGCGGCAGGAGCGGAAAGGCUGUUUUGCCGUUCCGAUGGUCCACUCCACGUUCCUGGUGGACCUCAGGAAGCAGGCAGCCAGCCAGCUGGCCUUCUACCCACCGCACCCAGACUACAGCUGGGCCUUCGAUGACAUCAUCGUCUUCGCCUUCUCGGCCCGCAUGGCAGAUGUCCAGAUGUAUGUGUGCAACAGAGAGACUUAUGGUUUCUUCCCUGUUCCACUGCGGUCCCAUAAUUCAUUGCGAGACGAGACAGACAGCUUCCUCCACUCCAUGCUGGAGGUCAUGGUGCGUAGUCCUCCGUUGGACCCCUCUGUGUAUCUUUCUCUUCCUGCUAAGCAGCCUGACAAAAUGGGCUUUGAUGAGAUAUUCAUGAUAAACCUGGUGAGACGGCAGGACCGUAGAGACCGGAUGCUGAGGACUCUGUUGGAGCAGGAGAUCACCUGCAAGAUCGUAAACGCGGUGGACGGCAAGGCGUUGAACGCGAGUCAGGUCCGUGCUCUGGGUAUAGAAAUGUUGCCAGGAUACAGUGACCCGUACCACGGCCGGCCGCUCACUAAAGGAGAGCUGGGCUGCUUCCUGUCCCACUACAACAUCUGGAAUGAGAUUGUAGAGCGAGGUCUGAAGGUCUCCCUGGUGAUCGAGGAUGAUCUGCGCUUUGAGAUUUUCUUCAAGAGGCGUCUUCAGAACCUGAUGCAGGAAGUGGAGGCGCAGGGACUGGACUGGGACUUGAUUUAUAUUGGGAGGAAGAGGAUGCAGGUGGACCAUCCGGAAAAAUCUGUGCCCAACAUCCACAACCUGGUGGAGGCUGAUUAUUCCUAUUGGACACUGGGCUACAUGAUCUCAUUACAAGGCGCUAAGAAGCUGCUAAGGGCGGAGCCUCUGAAGAAGAUGCUUCCAGUCGACGAGUUUCUCCCUGUGAUGUACAACAAGCACCCAGUGGAGGACUACAUGUCCCACUUUGAGGCGAGAGACCUUCGGGCGUUCUCAGCUGAGCCCCUGCUGGUCUUCCCUACUCACUACACGGGUGACCCCGGCUACAUCAGCGACACGGAGACGUCCACAGUGUGGGACAAUGAGACCGUACGGACGGACUGGGACAGGGCACGCUCCCGCAAAACUCUGGAGCAGGAGGAACUCAGCUCGGAGGCCCAGAACACGGACGUCCUGCAGUCAGCGCUGGACAGCACGGCCAGGGAUGAGCUCUGAGAGCCUGAGACUAAAGCUGGGACUUGGGGGAGGGAGUUAGUGAGUAAUUUAGAAGUGUCAGUUAUUCAGUAACUUCACACACUAGGUUUACAGCAGCUGCUGACCGCUCUUCUUUUGAAUUUCAAGCAGGAUUUAACUGGCAAACAGACACAGUACUGCUCAGUGGUGAUGACCUUUUACAGCCUGACAGACAGACAAAUCUUAUUCCUAAGUUCUAGGAGGUCUUAGGAGGUUCUAGGAGGUUUUAGGGAGUCUCCACCUGCUGGACAGUGUGUGUUGGUGGCCUCAAGUCACCAAACUGAACCAGUAAACGAACAUUUCAUUCUGAAAAAAUGAAAGAAAUACACUAUAUUCUGUUGGAAACCAUAUCAGGGAGGUAAGCAUGUUCACAAAGAUGGUUCUUCAAGGGUUCUUUAGUAAGGAAAAUAGUUCUAUAUAAAACCAUGAACACUCCAUGUGUUUGCCUAAAUGGUUCCUUGCAUGGUGAAAUGGUUCUUCAGAUUGAUGGAGAAUGUAUUGUAGAUGGUUCUAUGUAGAAGCUUCUUCUAUUGUUACGAUGUCAAGCUUUUCUGUGCUAUAUAGAAGAUUGUUUCUAGAACCGUCUGUAGCACAUUCAUGCAUUUUCCAUCAGUCUGAAGGUCCCUUUCAUGAUGCGAACAGUCUUUUAAUCAUGCAAAGGGCUCUUUGAUUGUUCAAAGGUCUUUUUGGAACCAUUUUCUUUACUAAAGAGCCAUGAAGAACCCUCUUUUUCAACAGUGUGGAGACCAAAAGUAUUAAAUGGGGUGGGCUUACUGGGUAACUGGGUAAGAAUUGCUGGGAGAGUUGGGACCAAAAUCGGAGAGAAAAUCCAGGAUUUAUUAGGAAAUCCAGGAUUUAUUAGUUGUGAGUAACAGUGUUGAUAUUAAAACGUAUAACUCCACGUCUCCAGUGGGAGCUGAUGAGUCGCGAUGAUGCAGUAGAACUUUAUUCACACAGAUCUGAACUAACGGGACUAAAAACUGCGUUCUACAUGUUUUGAGUCGAAAGGCUCUCUGAGGAACCCUUCUGGUUCUCGGCUGUGCGGAAGUCCAGAGAGGCCAUGAGGUAGUUUUCUGAAUUGUUAUCUUUAGAUAGUUGAUUAUCUUAUCUUGAGAUAAUAAAAGGUCUCAAGAUAACCAAGGUUAUCACAACUUUUAUUAUCUUGAGAAGAUAAUUCAUAAUAAGAUAAGUUCAUUACAUUAGGAUCUCAAGAUAACUAUCUUAGGAUCUAAAGAUGAAGCUGUUUAUUGUCUUAUCAAGAUAACAAGUUUGUCAUCUUGAGAUUACGAGUUAAUUAUCUUGGGAUCUUAACAAAUUAUCUUGAGAUAAUGAGUUAAUUAUCUUGAUCUCAAGAUGCCAAAGUUGCUGUCUUGAGAUAAUGACUUGAUCUUAUGUUGAGAUAAAAUUUGUUGCCUUGAGAGGUUCACUAUCUUGUGAUCUCAAAAUCUUAACUUUAUCUUGAGAUCACAAGAUAAGUAACUUAUCUCAAGAUAACCUUCCAGGAAAUUCUAGCAACAGCUCAUGGCGUCUCUGCACUUCGGUACGGGUGCCUUUCAGAAAGGAUCCUGUUUUGCUGAGUGAGACGUGCGACUGUGAAGAACCUUGAAGAACCACAUAAUGUUGGGGUUCGAAGGUUUUUCCUACAAGCACAAGAACCAUUUGGGAAAAGCCAGAGCUGCUUUUACGCAUUCGUUCUUGAUCAUGUUUGCUGCUUGAGACGCAAAGAAAACUAAAACGGUUGCAGUUUGAUCUGCGUAACUUCUAGAACUGAUUCAGACGCGGUUCAGAUCUUCAGACCUGUCAUCAGAGUUACUGCCGGUGAGAUCGAGGGUUGGCCUGAAAUACUUGACUGACAGCUCAGGCAGGGUUAUAAAUUAUAAUGGUUACCUUUCAUUCUGAAAUACACAAAUCAGGCAUAACAUCAUGACCACCUCCUCGUUUCUAUGUUCACUGUCCAUUUUAUCAACGCCAGAAACUCCAGCAGCUCUGCUGUGUCUGAUCCACUCAGACAAGCGCAACACACACUAACACAC